AUGGCCCCCAAGCUCAGCACUCUCCUGACUUCGCUGCUUGCAGCAGCAGCGCCUCUUACUGAUGCACUUGCCAUCAACAAGAUUGACCUGGCUUCAAAGAUCGAAGCAGCCGAAGCCUCGGUGGCUUCGGCCGUAGACCGUUUCGGUGGUGUACGCAUGAUGAACGCCGAUGCUACCAACGCUAUCGACGGCUCGUACAUCGUAGUCUACAGGAAGAACUGCACGGAUGAUGAGGUCAAUGCUCACGCCAUGGAAAUUACAAACUUUGUCAAGAAGCGAAACGUUGGCAAGCGGGCGCUCGAUGGAAGGCAGCUGUCCACUACCGUGAAGACCUGGACUAUGACAAGCUUGAAGGCUGUACAUUUCGAGACGGCCGACUUUGCUGCCAUGAGUCUCGGUUCCAACCCCAUGAUCGACUACGUCGAACCCGACAUGAAGGUCACCACUUUCGCCCUGCAGUCCCAGACCAACGCUCCCACUGGUCUGGUGCGUUUGUCGCAUGCCGCCACCUCUGGUAACUCCACUGCUGAGGGAUAUGUCUUCGACGACACGGCAGGCCAGGGCAUCACAGCUUACAUUGUUGAUACCGGUAUCCUCACCACCCACGAUGAGUACCAAGGACGUGCUACUCUGGGUUUCAACGCUGUCAAUAACGUGGACACCGACGAGAACGGCCACGGAUCUCAUGUUGCUGGUACCAUUGGCGGUGCUACCUUUGGUGUUGCCAAGAACGUUAAUUUGAUCGGCGUCAAGGUUCUCGACGCCGAUGGCAGUGGCACCAACUCUGGUGUCAUCGACGGUUUGAACUUCGUCGCCUCCGAUGCAAAGGCCAAGGGUCUUUCCGGUAAGGCCGUCAUGAACAUGUCCCUGGGUGGUUCCAAGUCCAACGCUGUGAACUCGGCUGUCGAGGCUAUUGCAUCAGCUGGCGUUGUUCCCGUUGUCGCUGCCGGAAACGAGAACCAAGAUGCCGCGAACACCAGCCCUGCUUCUGCUCCUGACGCCAUCACCGUUGGUGCUAUCGACCAGACUACCGACCGUAAGGCCAGCUUCAGCAACUUCGGUGCCAAUGUCGAUGUUUUCGGCCCUGGUGUCGAUGUGGAAAGUGUCGGUAUUACUAGCAACUCAGCAACUGAGACGCUGAGCGGUACUUCCAUGGCCUCCCCUCACAUUGCUGGUCUCGCUGCCUACAUUAUGUCUCUAGAGGGCAUCACCGACGUCACCGCCGUUUCGGACCGCAUCAAGGAGCUCGCUACUGCCUCGGGUGCUUCUGUCAAGAAGAACACCGCCAACACUACCAACCUCAUUGCCAACAAUGGCAACCUUUAG